AUGGCUUCACAUCUCAGAUAUCUGGCACGGCCGCAGCUGGCCAGUCUUCAGCCAACAUCACUCGGUCUACGAAGCACCAUCCCAAUUCUCCCGAUAUCACGAUGCUUCUCUACAACAUCGCCAGCUCUUGACUGGCUUACGCCGAAACAACCUGAAAUAUCAAAGUCGCCCAAGGGUCGUCCACAUGUCCCGACCGGAGGUUCAUCGCGAGGGACAACUGUGGUGUGGGGAGAUUACGGACUUCGGAUGAAAGACCAUGACCGCCGAGUUCCGGCCUCUUCGCUCAAGAUUGCGGAAGAGACUAUCAAAAGGCGUCUUAGGGGAAUGAACUACACAUUAUACAAGCGCGUGAGCGCCAACAUUGGUGUUUACACCAAGGGAAACGAGCAGCGUAUGGGUAAGGGUAAAGGUAAAUUCGAUUACUGGACUGCGAAGGUCGCUGUAAGCAGGAUUGUCUUCGAGCUCAAGGGCGAUGUUCACGAAAAGGUUGCACGGGAAGCCUUCCGUCUAGCAGGCCACAAGUUACCCGGUCUCUGGGAAUUCGUGAACAAGGACGACCCGCCAGUUGUUGGCUUAACAAAACUCGGGAAUGGUGUCACAUUGGAAAGCCUGAAGCGAGCGCGAAGAGCAACACCCCUCGGGACCAAGGAUAUGCCCAAUCCACCAAAUUCCACAUCCUCCAGUCCAUCGGCGUCGCAAUAA